UAUUAUUGUAAAGCCAUGAAUAUUAGCGCUGCAGACCUUUAUGUUCCUACCAUACCGGGAUUAUCGGAUGAUGAUGCUGAACUAUUCAAAAUGCAUGCAGGUCAUCUUCCAGGAGUGUCUAAUAAUACACAGACAUUUUUUUGGCUACUUCAGUCGCAGCAUAAUCCAUCAAAGGACAAAUUGGUUGUCUGGCUAAAUGGUGGCCCUGGUUGCACAAGUAUGGAUGGAUUAUUUUUGGAAAAUGGACCAUUUCGAGCCAAUUUGAAUGGAACUAUAUCUUACAACAAAUACAGUUGGAAUCAAAACGCGCAUAUGCUAUAUGUUGAUCAACCGGUUGGAACAGGAUACAGCUAUAGUACGACCGAUGAGCGUUUUUCGUCAAUGAAAGAUAUCUCGGAUAAUUUUAUCGCUUUUCUAGAAAACUUUUAUCUAGUAUUUCCAGAGUAUAGAAGAUUUGAACUACAUAUAGCAGGAGAAAGUUUUGCAGGAGUAUAUAUUCCAAAUUUUGCUACUGACAUACUUCAACGAAACACAGUUCAAAAAACAAAAUAUCGACUCAAAAGCAUUAUUGUAGGAAAUGGAUGGCUUGAUCCUAUACGACAAUACAAUUCAUACAUACCAUUUGCUAUUCAACAUGACCUCCUUCAUGGAUCAUAUCUUGAUCUUGCAAAAAAAAACUGGGAGAUUUGCAAAAAGGUUUUGGCUGAAAAAAGCUUGGUGAAAUCUCCAGAUUGUGAGGGUAUUCUCCAGCAAAUUAUAAACGAAUCAAAGAGCACAGGAAAAUACUGCAUUAAUUUGUACGAUUAUCGGCUACGUGAUCAAGGUCCAAACCAAGGUUGUGGUUUGGCAUGGCCAACUGGAAUUGAACACAUGGUUGACUAUUUCAAUAGAGAUGAUGUAAAAGUAGCACUUCACGCUACUGGACACAAGUCUGGAAAAUGGGUUGAAUGCCAGCGCAGUGUUUAUAAAGCGAUAGAAACCCAAAACACUACAGCCAGUCAUGUGCUAUUGCCUGAUUUACUAAAACAUAUUGAAGUGUCUUUGUUCCAAGGAGACACCGAUAUUAUCUGCAACUGGCUGGGUUUGAAGGAGAUGGUGGAUGUAUUGGAAUGGAAUGGUGCUAAAGGCUUGGGGAAUGUACCACAAACACCUUGGUUGAUUGAUGGAAGACCAGCAGGAUGGGUUUCUACUGCGCGUAAUCUGACAUUUGUGCUUAUGUAUAACGCGAGUCAUAUGCCUUCAGUUGAUGCACCCAUGGCAUCUUUAGAUAUGGUUAAUCGAAUGAUGCAUGUCAAUUUUACUCAGCCACUGUUUGAAUCCGUACUAGGAAGCAGUGAUAGUCUACCUGCUACCAAGGCACCUAUUGACGGACAAUCUCCACCUCAACCUGGUCCUUAUCUACUUGCAUUUGGAUUUUUGGCAGCAAUUAUUGUGUUUGGAAUAUUUAUUCGAAUGUAUUGUCGCAGAAAACCCCAUCGCAAUAGUGGCCAUGAACGUUUACGACAAAGUGAAUCAGAUCCAGCACAUCUUGAAUGGGCACAAGUUCCAACUAGUGAGUUUAUUGAGCUACAAGAACCUUGAUCUAAUGUAGAAUAAAAGUCGAAUACAGAAACCC